AGAAAAGGACAUUCGUGGCUUUGAAACUGAAGGGCGGUCGGUAGUAGUAUUACAUUUCAGAAAGUGCAACCAAAGAAAGCUGACUUUCAGAUAUUGCAAGUAAGAAAACGUUAAACUGUAGAGGAGUUUCUUCUUCUUCUUCUUCUUCUUCUUCUUCUCUCUCUCUCUCUCUCUCUCUCUCUCUGUCCGCCGUAAACCACGAACAGGCGGUUGAAGAACAAUCAGUAAUGUCGGUGGUCGUGAAGGGGACGGGAGUAGAUUUGUGUCCCGACGAAGGGAUCACGUGGACAAAAUACAGGAGCAUAUGUGAGAUUGAAGAAGAAGAAGAAAAGAAUUAUGGCGAGUUUUUGGAUCAGAUCAAGAAUAUUGACCCUUUACCGUCGAUAAAAGAGGAAUCGGGAUCGGGGGACACUAGUCCGUUCUCCCUUUGUUUCCACGACGGCGGCGGUGACGGCGGUGACGUCGUUUAUGUGGCAGUUGGGAAGACCGGAUCAAGUCUGGACGCCCUUCUGUGGUCGCUCAACCACGCCGUUGUUAAUGCUUCUACCCCUGUUUGUCUCAUCCAUAUCUACCCCGAAAUCCGUUACAUCCCUACUCCCCUAGGAAAGCUGCCAGUAAGUCAAGUGAAUCCAGAGCAGCAGGAGAACUACAUGAUCCAAGAGAGAAACAAGAGAAGAGUAUUCCUUCAAAAAUUCCUUGAUGUUUGUUCUGCUUCAAAGAUUAAAGUGGAUACCGUACUUAUUGAAAGUGAUAUGGAAGCAAAGGCAUUACUGGACCUCAUUCCCAUCCUCAACAUAACAAAGCUGGUGUUGGGCACCACCAAAUCCAGUCUAAGGAAAUUGAGGUCCAGGAGAGGGAAUGAGAUAGCAGGUCAGGUACUUCAGAAUGCACCAGAAUUCUGUGAGGUCAAGAUAAUCUGUGAAGGAAAGGAAGUUGAGGUUGGCUCUAUGUCUGAACCACCCUCUCCCCAUGGCAGUUCUGAUAGUCCCAAAGCUGCACACACACAGGAGAAUCAGAGAAUUGAUUCCUUUGGCUGCACUUGCUUUAAAAUGAAAGUUAUAGCUUGAGAAAGAGAAGAAUAGACGUCACCAGUGAUGCCAACAGUGGGAAUUACUCAGUUGGGAGAGCAUCA